GACUACUAAAUUUCACACCACCGGAAGUAAAGGUAAAAAUGGCGACCUUCAUGCGAAAUUUUUACACAUGUCAUUUUAAAUUGGGACGUUCUGGAAUAGUUAAAUAUCACAAACGUUAUUUAAGUUUCUUAAAGUCACAUACUCAAGUUUCGGAAAAUUCUCCAUCGAUUUACAUUCGCCAUUCUUGUUCGGCAAAACCAAAUACAGGAAAAGAAUCGGCAGUACGGAGGUUGCAUCAUAUUUCUAGUGUGGAAAACAGGUUAUGUAAUUCUAGAAAAUUGUCUAACUGGAGUAAAAACAUUUUAAAAACUGGGAAACGAGCAUCAUCUGUGAAUUGGCAGUGUGUAAGAUCUUAUUCGAGCCAAGGUCCUGGAGGGGAUGAUGGAGAGAGCCCCCCAGUCCAAGGAUCUCAAUAUCUGCCUACUCCUCUAACUGUGCCCGAUUACUUUCCACGGGUGCCGGUAUUAGCUGUCAAUCGAAAUCCCGUUUUCCCUAAAUUUAGUAAAAUGCUAGAGAUUAAAGACCCAGAUUUAAUGGAUUUGCUGAGGAGAAAAGUGAAAUUAAAUCAACCAUAUGCAGGAGUUUUUCUGAAGAAAAGUGAUUCAAAUGAAGCUGACUCCGUUUUAUCUUUGGAUGACAUUUACAAAGUAGGAACGUUUGUCCAGAUUGCUGAGUUGCAGGAUAUGAAAACAAAAAUAAGAUUAAUUGUCAACUGUCAUAGAAGGAUAAGAAUUACUGAAGCUUUACCAGAAGAUGCUGAACCUUUUCCAAGCGAGACAAUUUCACCAAUGAAAGAGGCAACUCAAGAAAAAAAUGACAGCAAGAGGAAAAUGAAGCGAAGAAGAAACGGCAAAGCAAACAAUGGAACCGAAGAGAAAAUAGACAUCACAGAGGCACAAGAGGAAGAGUCAAAUUCACUGAACACACCACUACCCCCUCCCAUUGGAGCACUGGACACACCAACGCCCCCUCCCAUUGGAGAAAAGGUGGAUGAAAACGAUGUCAAAACUGUGUCCAUGGAUAAAAUUCUGAUGGUGGAAACAGAGAAUGUCAAGGACCUCUCCUAUGAAUACAAUGAUCAAAUGAAAGCCACAACAGCAGCAGUGGUAGAGACCAUCAGAGACAUUGUAUCUCUGAAUCCCAUUUACAGGGAAAAUUUGGCCUACAUGAUUCAACACAACCGAUUUAAUGAUAACCCAGUAUAUAUUAGUGACCUAGGUGCACAAUUAACAGCUGCAGAAUCAUCGGAUUUACAGUCCGUUCUUGAGGAGUUGAAUGUAUCAGAGAGAUUACACAUGGUGCUAACACUUCUAAAGAAAGAAUACGAAAGAAACAAGCUUCAAAAGAAAAUUGGCGAAGAGGUGGAAGAGAAAGUAAGGAAGCAGCACCGUGACUUCAUCUUAAGGGAACAAUUAAAACUGAUCAAGAAAGAGCUGGGUAUGGAGAAAGAUGACAAGGAUGCCAUAGAAGAAAAGUUUAGAGCUAGACUGCAGGGUUUGUCUGUUCCUGAUCAUGUGAUGGAUGUUAUCAAUGAAGAACUGAACAAGUUAUCCAUCCUUGAUAACCAUUCCUCAGAAUUCAGUGUGACUCGUAAUUACCUUGACUGGCUAACCAUUUUACCGUGGGGAAAGUUCACCGAGGAAAAUCUGGAGCUGGCCAAGGCUAAAGAAAUCUUAGAGGAAGAUCAUUAUGGCAUGAAAGAUGUCAAGGACAGAAUUAUGGAAUUUAUAGCAGUUAGUCAACUGAAAGGAACAACACAAGGCAAGAUUUUAUGUUUCCAAGGACCACCAGGUGUUGGAAAGACAAGCAUAGCCAAAUCAAUAGCCAGGGCACUGGGGAGAGAGUAUUACAGGUUUAGUGUGGGGGGAAUGUAUGAUGUGUCAGAAAUUAAGGGACACAGGAGAACUUAUGUUGGUGCCAUGCCUGGGAAGAUGGUCCAGUGUCUGAAGAAAACCAAGUCACAGAACCCACUAGUUCUUAUUGAUGAGGUGGACAAAAUAGGAAGCAACAGAUUCCAUGGGGAUCCAGCUGCAGCGCUGCUAGAACUGUUGGACCCAGAACAGAAUGCCAACUUUCUAGACCAUUUUCUGGAUGUACCGAUAGAUGUGUCCAAGGUCCUAUUUAUUAGCACUGCCAAUGACACUGAAACUAUUCCUGAUGCCUUGUUGGACAGAAUGGAAGUCAUCGAAGUUUCAGGAUACAUUGCAGAUGAAAAAUUCCAUAUAGCGCAGAAAUAUUUAGUUCCACUAGCGGAGACCAACUCUGGCAUUGGAAAUGAACAGGUUCAGAUUUCAGACGAGGCCAUGAGGUCACUGAUACACUCUUACUGUCGAGAAAGUGGUGUCAGAAAUCUUCAAAAACACAUUGAAAAGAUUUAUAGAAAGUGUGCCCUAAUGAUUGCCAAGAAAGAGGAUGAAAAGGUAGUGGUUGCGAAUGACACCCUGAAGAAGUUUAUUGGUCUACCAAUUUUCCAGACGGACAGGAUGUAUGAUGUCACACCACCAGGUGUCGUCACAGGACUGGCUUGGACCAGCUAUGGUGGGACAACACUAUACCUGGAAUGUGUAAAACUAUUAACUGGCACAGACAAGGAGAAGGAGAACCCUCCCUCUUUCAAUGUGACUGGGAAUAUGGCCAAGGUGAUGGAGGAGAGCAGCAAGAUUGCCUACACAUACAGCAGGACACUAAUGCAGGAAAUAGAUCCUGAUAAUGACUUCUUCUUCAAAUCCAGCAUCCAUCUUCACUCUCCAGAGGGUGCGACACCAAAAGAUGGACCCAGUGCAGGUAUUGCCAUAACUUCAGCUCUGUUGUCCUUAGCUAUGGGCCGGCCCUGCAGACAGGAACUGGCCAUGACUGGGGAGAUCACCCUGACAGGGAAGGUCCUGGCAAUAGGUGGCCUCAAGGAAAAACUGCUGGCGGCCAAGAGAGCUGGAAUGAAAUGUGUGAUAUUACCAGAAGAAAACAGAAGUAAAUUUGAAGAUUUGGAUGAAGCUGUGAAAUCCGAUCUUGAAGUGCACUUUGUUAAACAUUAUAAAGAAGUGUUCGACAUUGUAUUUCCAAAGGAAGAAACACAGUCUUGAUGAUAGUUUCCAGACAAAACUCAGUAUCUGCAUUAAUUACACAGUCUUGAUGAUAGAUUCCUGACAAAACUUUAAAUGAUCAGGCCUUGAAAUUAUGUUGUGAUAGUGACUGGUGGUUUCAAGAAUUGUUGAGAGCACAUCUGCUGAGAUUCAAUCCAAAUAAUACACAUGUACAUGUGGAAGACAGUGUGGUUUGUUUGGAACAAAGCAAAUGUACAUGCGAGUCAGAUUUCCACUUCUAGAAUAGCAUUCACAGUGUCAAUGAUUUUAUUUAUGUAACGGUAAUUAUGACUGCAUAAAUGAUAUUUUAUAUCUACCACAUACACCUAUACUAUAUAGUUCUAACUCAUGUCAUGAGCAAAAAUGUCAGGCAAUUUGGAUAAGAAAAUAUAGAUGAUUUGCUCUUCUGGACAAAAUCCUUAUGACAUUCAUUUGUUUACAGCUGUAAAAUCUUGUGGCAUUGCAAGAACUGUAUCGUUUGUAAUGGAAACAGGUGACAGCUAAUAAUUACGUGUUAUCAAAAAAUUACAUGUAUCUAGUGAAGAGAAGUACUCCAAGUUUGCAAGUGAUUUAUUUCCAACAUAUUCUCGAGACUCGGGGUGUAUUAUUAAUUGUUAUAAGCAUUGUGACAUUGGAGUAUAUUGGAGAAUUUAAAGUUAAAGCGUAGACUUCCCCACUGCUAUUUUGAGUUAGAACAGGUCCUGUAAAAUGCUAUAGACAGGGCAGAGUUGUGCAUUUGUAUGGUUCAUUAUUUAGUUUGUAUCUGUAUCCAUAUAUACAUGUAAAAUAUGUAUGUAUACGGAAAGUACUUUUAUUAAAUGUGUAAUAUUUA